AUGUCCUCCACCCCUAACAUCGAUCCUGCGCCCGCGCCCGGACCGGCAUCCGGCUCCGGCUCCGGCUCCAUAGACACAACCACCCCUCCCACAGCCGACCCCGUAAUAGCUUCCUACGAUAUCUAUAUAACCGAUUCUCAAAUCCGACGUUUCCUCCUCCAAUACCCCGACCGCCAAGCUACACAGCCCUACAACGCCGCAACCCAGCAGAAACCUACCGAACUCCGCCUAAAGCCACGCACGGGGCUAGUAGAAGUCGAUAUACCGAUUAACACGCAUGUCAAUUAUGAUGAGAGGAAGGGGCUCCGGUACGGUAAUGCGCUGAAGAAGAGCAGGGUUAUUGCUGAGGGGGGUUCGAUGGGGAUGGCGGGUGGGUUUAAUACGGGGGGGAGAGCUAAGGGGACCGUUGGUGCUGGUGCUGGCGCUGGCGCCUCAGGUAUGGAUGAUGGCGAGGAUGGGAUGACGAUGAUAGGGAAAAGAAGACAGCAGAUUUUCGCUGGGGAUGAGGAGGGUUUGAUGGAUUAUGAAGAUGAGAAGGCUGGAGUUAUUAUGACGACGCAAACGCUUGGGGGACGGAUCAAGGAGCCUGUUGAUGGGGAUCCGGUUUAUAUGCUGGGUGCUUUUAGGGAGAAUGAAUUGCACUUGGCACCUCUAUCUGCAGUCAUCCAGCUCCGUCCACAGCUCCACCACCUUGACGCCUUCGACGAGGUAUCUGCACAAAGCAAGACCAUGACGAAGGGCAAACGCGACGCCGAUGAAGAGCGCGGGUCUCGUGCUGUGCAAGCGGAGGCACGCGCGAUCGAUAUGAAGGUCAAAUCUGCGGAUGUUGAAACAGGGAACAUUGCGAGCAAUAACGUGCUCCUGAGAAGGAUGCAUGAGGAGAAGUGGGAGAAAUAUGCAUGGAUUGAUGAGAAUGAUCAAGAUUCCUGGGACAUGUAUGAAGAAUACAUGUUCAAUCAAUCCCUGGAUGAACCACCCCUACUGCAAUCCGCAAUUGGUUCCGAAGACUAUAUUGAUGGAAUGAGCGCGCCGAGAAUAGACCCUAUCAACCCGGAGAUGGCUGGGUGGGCGAUGAAGCUGCGGAGAAAGGCGCGGAGGCCGUCUGACGUCCGCGGGAGAACUAAGGCAGGCGACUAA